GUGCGUCUAUAGAUUUCAACAUUGACAGUUGACUUCAGAUGCUUCGAGUCCGAUACACUCUUUGAGGUUACAAAGUGCAUGUGAAUUUUUUAUUUAUUUUCUUAUUACUUGACGUGUCCGAGGAAUCGGUAAAUAAUUCGAAGGUUAAUUAACAAAAUAAUGACGAACGAGGCACCUGCUGUUCAAGAAUUCAAGCUCGAUUCUGACUGCGAACUCCGGUUCGAGGUGGAGAACAAAAAUGACAAAGUGACACUCGAGCUGAAACUGGGAUUGGCUGAGGUGUUCGGCACGGAGCUGGUAAAAAAUAAGAAAUAUGAAUUCGGUUUCGGUGCAAAAGUAGCAGUAUUCACCUGGCAGGGCUGUACCCUGGAGAUAACAGGUAAAACCGACGUGAGUUACAUCGCGAAGGAGACCCCCAUGGGUAUCUACCUGAAUUGUCACGCAGCCAUGGAACGGAUGCGAGAUAUCGCCGAGAAGAAAGACUCCAGAGGCCCCAUCACAAUGAUCGUUGGGCCCUCAGACGUGGGUAAGUCCACCCUCUCCAGAAUUUUACUAAACUACGCAGUAAGAAUGGGAAGACGACCGAUCUUCGUGGACCUAGACGUUGGCCAAGGUCACAUAGCUGUCCCUGGUACCCUGGGGGCUCUUCUAGUUGAGAGACCGUCGAAUGUCGUCGAGGGAUUCUCCCAGCAGGCGCCGCUGGUUUUUCAUUUUGGUCACAAAUCCCCAAGUACCAAUAUCACCCUUUACAAUCUCCUGGUGUCGAGGCUAGCUGAGGUCUGCUCCGAUAGACUUCAAGCCAAUAAAAAGGCCAAAGUCUCUGGAAUCGUCAUCAACACAUGUGGCUGGGUCAAGGGGGGAGGCUACAAACUAUUGACACAUGCUGCCCAGGCUUUCGAAGUCGAUGCCAUCCUGGUUCUUGAUCAGGAGAGACUCUACAAUGAACUCGUCAGGGGAAUGCCUGAGUUCGUUAAAGUUGUAUUUCUACCGAAGAGUGGAGGAGUUGUGGAGAGAACGCAGACAAUGAGGAGUGAGUCGAGGGAUCAGAGAGUUAGAGAGUACUUCUAUGGAUCCAAGACACCCUUGUACCCACACAGUUUUGAAGUUAAAUGGAGUGAAGCUAGGAUUUACAAGAUUGGAGCACCUGUUCUGCCUGCAUCCUGCAUGCCCCUGGGCAUGAAGGCUGAGGAUAAUCUCACCAAACUCGUCGCUGUUACCCCUGGACCCAGUUUGCUGCAUCACCUGCUGUCGGUUUCUUUCGCUGAUUCCCCUGAGGACGAUGUUGUCCAGACUAACAUCGCUGGAUUUGUUUGUGUGACAAAUGUCGAUGUCGACAGACAAACAAUCACAGUCCUCAGCCCGCAGCCCCGACCCCUACCAAAUACAGUCCUUCUGCUGUCGGAUAUUCAAUUUAUGGAUAGUCAUUGAGGGAGUUAAUUGUACAUAUGAAUUAAUUAAUGACAGAUUGUAUAUGAACGAAUUGUAUGAACGAUGAAAUCAUGAAUUUUCGUACCAGAUUAAUGCAUUAUUAAUAAAUGUAAUUAUUGAAUGUAGUGAGAAUUGAUUGAGUUGUGAUUUUGUAUUUUUUUAAGCACAAAGGUCGCAACUGCAAAGGUGUAACAAUAAAACUGUAAAAAAGG